UUUUCGAAUCAAUGCUUUAUACUGGAUUUUCGUAAUUUGUUAUUUUAAAAUAACUCAAUAAUUUGUGUGUAUCGAUGCAAAUGUACUUGCUGUACACUAUUUUAUGAAUCUUCGAAAUGGAAGAUCAGUUUCCGAUACUAUGUUCCUCAAAACCUUUAAAGCCAGAAUUUGUAAAAUUCCAAAGAAUCGCAAUUACCUCUGAAGACUUCAAACUUGGUCGUGGUCUUCAAAACUCAGUCGUUAUACCGUUCGUUUGUCUGUCUAGAGAUCACUGUGUGUUUAAGAAAAUAGACGAUAACUGGAUAUUAGAAGACUGCAGUUCCUUUGGCAUUGAGGUAAAUGGAAACAAACUAGGCAAAGGCCAAAAGCGCAAACUAAACAAUCAUGAUGUCAUAAAGCUAGAAUCUUCCAAUGAAUUUGUGUACAAAUUCGUGAGUACAAGCAGUGAACAGUCGACGCCGUGUAAGAGAAGAAAACUAGAGGCAGAUGAGAACCAUGAUUUCAUUGAUAAUGUCAAGAAGAAAUUUGAGGAAUCCCAGAGUUGUGAAAUACAGCAUAUUGAGGAGAAAAUCCAGACUGCGAAACACAUGCAGACCACUAGUAAGAGAUUAAAAGAGCAGUUACAGUUAGAUUUGAGUAGAAAAGAGCAGCAGUUGCAUGAUGAUUACGCGGCUCAGAUAAAGAAGUUGAAAGGGCAGCAGGAUGAGGUGGAGCAGCAGAAGGCGCUGCUCAUCGAGGAGCGGGACCUGCAGUUAGCAGCCGUUAAAGUGGAAAUGGAGGGGAAAAUUGAAUCCUUAAUGGAGCAAAUAUCCAAACAUAAUGAAACCGAGUCAGAACUGAUUCAAGAAAAUAAUGCUCUCAAAGAGAAGUUGUUAAAGGAGAGAGACGAGUUCCUAUCCGAGCUGAACCGAGAGAGUUCCUCCAAGCAGGAGAUGCUGGACAAAUUGGAAGCCAGGAUACGGGAGCAGGAGGAAGUGCGGCUGAAGGAAAAGAAGGAGUUGGAGGAUACGCUGCGGAGAGAGACUGAACAACUUAGGCUUGCUAAAGAAAAGGAACUAAAAGAAUUAGAAGAACAGAAACUACUCAGAGAAAAAGAAUUACAAGAAGAAUUAACAAGUAUAAAGAAUAAUCUCGCAAAACAAAUAGAGUUACAUGAAAAUGAUCAGCGAAGAGCGGAACAACUCCUCAACCAGCAGAAGGAACAGCUCCAGAAACUCACUGAUGAGGAGAAAUCAAAGAUUAGACAACUAAUUGAGGAGCGUGCGGAAAUCGAAAAGAAACUUGCUGUGGCUGAAGCUGAUGCCGGCAAGUCCAUACAGACGUUAGAGGAACAUGUAAAGAAACGUGAGAUAGAACUAUCAGCACUAGCGGCCGACCGGAUCCAGCAGCAAGCAGAGCAGUCCAGCGAGGUCAUCAGCUCCCUACAGGCGCAGCUGGAGAAGGUGCGAAACCAGCUACAAUCCGUAGAAACCGAAAAGAAAUCCCUCCUCGAGAGCCUCACGGUGACCUGCGUGGGCGAGGGCUCUAAAAGUGCCGACGUCGAAGACAUCAUAGAAACGGAGCUGCAGUGCAGCAUCUGUUCUGAACUCUUUAUUAAUGCCAUGACCCUGGGCUGCUCGCACAGCUUCUGCAAGUACUGCAUCGACAAGUGGAAGAAGAAUAAACGAGAAUGUCCCAUUUGCAGGACGGUCAUAACAUCUGAAUGCAAGAGCAUAGUACUGGACUCGCUAAUCGAGCGAAUGAUGCAAACAUCGGAAGACACCAAACAGAAACGACAAGAGAUCCUUAACGCGAGAGCAGAGCUGGCGGCUAAGGAGGCGACCACUUCCUACGCCGGGACCACUCGCGGAGGUAAUUCAGAUGACGACUCCUCAACCGCCAGCGAGAGCGACAACGACGGGGAGGACUCGUGGCCGGAGGAGGACUACCAGAACUACGACGACGAAUACUGGGGCCCCGCCGACGACUACGACCACCCCCUCGACGUAUUCUUCGGGCGCGGCGGGCGCUACUUCCGCGACUACCGCGGCCACUACUCGUCCAGCUCCGAUUCCGACAGUGGAUCUGACUUGGAUUCCGACCCCGCCGCCGCCGACGCGGGAGCUGCGCGCGGUGCGGCUGCCGCGGGGGGUGGUGCCGAUGGCGAACGGGAUGUUGCAAGUGUCCGCCGGCGGCGGCGCUACGUCCCGGGGCUCCCCGGCGCCUACUACGGCGGCUACGGGCGCUGCUUCCGCUGCCGCGCCCGGGGCCACUGGGCGCCCGGCUGCCCCAACCGGUAA